AUGGGCACGGCAAUGUUUGCACGCGUAACCUUUUAUCCUACGCUACUCUACAAUGUUUUUAUGGAAAAGGUUAGCAGUCGGCGGUGGUAUGACAGGAUGGAUGAUAAUGUCAUCCUGGGUGCUCUCCCCUUUCAAGGAAUGACCAAACAGUUAGUCGAAGAAGAAAAUAUAAAGGGAGUGGUAUCAAUGAAUGAGACUUAUGAAUUGAAAAUUUUCUCAAAUGAUGGACAGAAAUGGCUUCAGUACGGUGUAGAUUUCCUUCAGCUGGCAACUACAGAUAUAUUUGAAGCUCCGAAUCAAGACAAAUUAUAUGAAGGUGUCAGAUUUAUCAAUAGGUUCCUUCCACAGGGCAAUAAAUUACCAGGAAUGCCCCUUGAUGAAAAACAAGUAAAUAGUGGUACAGUGUAUGUACAUUGUAAGGCGGGAAGAACGAGAAGUGCUACCCUCGUUGGCUGUUAUCUCAUGAUGAGAAAUGGCUGGACCCCAAAUGAGGCUGUGGAGUACAUGAAGAGUAGAAGACCCCACAUACUUUUACACACAAAGCAGUGGCAAGCAUUGGAUAUAUUUCACAAACGGCAUGUUAAACCUACGUGA